UUGGGAUUACACGAUAUAUUCAUAAUAAUUUUUUUUUACGUUUUCAGCGCAAAUACAUUUGGCCCGGUAAAAUGUCAAUCCAAUCACUUCAUAUUUUCCCAUGAAAUGAAAGAUUAAAUUUUCUAGCAAUUACUCAACAUUUUUUUUAUAUCGUUUGUCGUCAGUCAGUCGUCGACAAUCUGGGCGAUAGGCCGAUAGCGUGCUUACGUUCCAAAGUGACUUGUGUCAAUAUUUGUUAAUUUUUCUUCAAAAUCUGUUAACUUUGCCGUCUCAAUAAGCUGAUGAAGUUUCUGAUUCUACUUUUAAAAUACUAUGUCUCAAAAUCGAGCACGCAUAGUUUUCUGCAAAAGUUGGUCAAAUGAGAAUGAAACUGCAGAUGUUUACAAAAAUCUUUUGGAGAAGGCUGGUUAUAAUGCUGAAUAUUUACCGACAAUAAGCUUUGAAUUCAUCAAUCAAAAAAUAUUACGAGAAAGCCUCCUUUCACACGAUUCCUUCUCUGGCUUAAUACUGACGAGUCCUCGUUCUGCAGAGGCUAUAAAACUAGCGACAAAACAGGAAACUACUGUUUUAGAACCAUGGCAAAAAUUGCCAGCAUAUUGCGUUGGACCAUCCACUGAAUCUUUAGCAAAAAAAGAUCUGCGCUUGACAGACUGUUUAGGCUCGGAAUGCGGUAAUGCAGAAAAUCUUGCUGGAUUUAUUGUAAGUGGUAGACGACAUGAAGAUAAACCAAUACUUUACCCCUGCAGCGAAAUUGCACGGGAUACUAUUGAGAAACAUUUGACAGAGAACGGAUUUAAAGUGAAGAAAAUAAUUUGUUAUAAAACUGUCCCUUGUGAAAACCUCAAGCAAGACGUGGAACGAAUAUUUAAAUCAAUACCUCAAGUGGUUGUUUUCUUUAGUCCUUCAGUUGUAGAAAAUAUUUUAACAACCUUGGGCGAGGAGGCAAUAAUUUUGAAAGAAGUUAAGAUCGUAGCUAUAGGAUCAGUGACAAAUCGGGCUUUAACCAAUGCAGACAUAGAAGUUGACGCAAUUUCCGAAAAACCGGAACCAGAAGCACUGCUACAGGCUAUUGAGCGAUCAAUUAGAAAAGAAAGCCAAAAUUUAAAACUCAUAGAAGAAACUACAGUGUAAAAAAUACGAAUGUGAUGUAUCAGUUUUUAUUUAUUUUGUAUAUAUACAAGUUAGAUUGGUACAUGAUUUAAUUCUAGUUGAUCAAUAAUGAAAAAAGCACAGUUUCCGAGAAAAACACAUCAAAAAUAUGAAAAUAAGAAUAUUAAAAAAGGUUUGAUUCAACUUUGAAAAACUGGUACGGUUUGUUAUUGUUUCAAAAAAGUAAUGGAAGUUAUGCUUUUGUACAGUAUUAAUUUACUGCAUAUAAUUCUGUUACGAAAAUAAAUGUACACUCUGUUGAAAAAAAUCCAUACCUAUCUCAAUUAUUACAAUAGAUUCCAUAUCACAUUUUUGCAAAUUGUAUGUAUUAAUUGAAAAGACUAACACGGAGAGGUCGCGAGAUGUGCGUCGCCGAUGUAUGUACUACAGUGGCGCGUUGAGAGCAAAUGCCAUGGAGAAUAGAUAUAAGGAAACCAAUCUGUAAUGCAUGGACUUGACCAAAAACGGUCACUUUUCUGUUACCACAAGUACGCACACAGAAACAUGUGCAAAAUCACACUUACGUAUAGUUCAAAACAUCCCGAGCGUGGCGUGACAACUGCACUUCAAAAAAUAUGGCCGCCUCCAUUGUUUUGACAGGUCGCUUGAACAAAUAAAUAAUUAAUAAUCAGACAGGAUUUAGUAAAAUGUUUGUAAAAAAAAAUUAAUUGCCAUGGAAGAGGUAGGUAGUAU